ACGAAGCGGCGGCACUGCGCGUGCGCAAACUACUGUCACUCGGGAAAACGGCCCGGAAGAAAAAAAAAAGCGGGAGCAACCAAUCCCUGGUGACGCAAAAUGGCGCCGGGAGAUGAGAUGCGAAAAUUCACUCGCAGCUUCUUUCGAGCUUGCCCCGACCUCAGCUCCGUUACGCACUCCAUCGUGCGACAGAAAUUUUUGAUUCACGUGGGUCGGGAUCAUCUUGAACCUGGGGAGAGGCAGGCGUUGAAGCGGCUGGUGGAGGAGGAGCUGCCGAAAAUGCAGGCGGAUGCUGGUACCAGGGAAGGAAAGCCAGGCUUUAUCAAAGUGAAGAGGUCUCCUGCUCCCUGCAGUAACCCAGAGAAGAAAAGGUUCCGCUUUAAUUCUGAGUCAGAAUCCAGCUCUUCACCAUCCAGUCCAGACGGCUCAGGACCCUCAACAAAGAACAGGACAACCAAGAAGACAUGUCUAAGAAGAGCCUUAAAGAAAGCAGUUGAGAGCACAGAUGAAGACCACCAAACAGACCUGGAUGCAAAGAUGGGAUUGGAGGAGAGCAGUGAGGAGGAAGCAGAGGGCUCUGUUAGAUCAGGUGAGGUCACUGAGGAAGAGGAGGACAUGAGACAAGAAGAGAAGGGCGGGGUUAGAAAGCAAGCCAGGGCCAAAGACAAGCAAGCACCACUCAAGGCAGACAGGACGCAGGUUAGGGAAGCGAGUGGGAGCAGUGAGGGGGAGGCUGGGCUGCAGAGAGCAAAGGUGGAGGGAAGCACAGGUGCUAACUGCCAGGAGGAGAGUGAAGAGAGCGGAGAAGAGAGCCCAGCUAAGAAGAAAGAGCUUAGUGAGCCCAGAUCGAGAAAUAACAGAGCAGGGAGAACAGCCAGGGAGCGGAAGCAGAAAAGCAGGCCUGGGAGGCCAACUGGAGGCUUGCGAGACAGCGAGGCAGAGAAGGAAGGGGGCCCAGUAAGCAGUGGGGACAGCAGUGAGGAGGAAGAAGAGCACUCGGUGAAGAGAAAGAGUAAAGUCAGGACCCAGACCGAGAGCGGGAGGAGGCAGAGCACAAGCAGCGGGGAUGACAGUAACAGCACACAGGAGCAAGCAGCCGCUCAAGGCACUACAAAGUCAGGCAGCCUAGGCAGCAGUAAUGGUGACAGUGACACAGAGAGGGAAGUGAGUGACUCCCAGGCAGGACAAAACACCAAAGAGGAGAGGAAGAGCCGCUCUUCCAACAAGAACUCCAAGACCGGCAAGGCCCGAAGUUGCUCAUCUUCAUCAGAUUCGAGUCCAGAACCCACAGGUCAGAAGAGCAAGGCUCGAAGUUCCUCAUCUUCAUCAGAUUCAGGUCCAGAACCCACAGGUCAGAAGGCUGCCUUUCGCUGUGGAGAGGACCACCCAGCUGUGGCUAGACUGAAGCGUUACAUUCGAGCCUGUGGUGCCCACCGAAACUACAAGAAGCUGCUGGGUUCCUGCAGCUCCCACAAGGAGCGCCUGAGUGUCCUCAGGGCUGAGCUGGAAGCACUGGGCAUGAAGGGUAACCCUUCCUUGGAGAAGUGUCGCGCUCUGAAGCUGCAGCGGGAAGAGGCAGCUGAAGUGGCUGCCUUGGAUGUUGCCAACAUCAUCAGCAGUACAGGCCGGCCACGAAGACGAAAUGCCUGGAACCCUUCAGGGGAAGGAACCCCCCCAGGAGAGAUUUAUCAGCGAACCCUGGACUCUGAAGAGGAGCAGCCGCGCCAAGCACCUCCAGACUGGUCCCAUAUGCGCGAUAUCAUCAGCAGUGAUGGUGACAGCAGCUGAACUGUCAUGUCCAUGGUGGACCUUACCCUGUUAUACAAGAGCUUGGUCAGUGGAAGCAACUUCCAAAGACAGACUACAGUGGUAGGAUCCAAGUUAUUGGCACACUACUCAGUUUCAUGUUCUCUAAGAUGGCUUUGGGGUUCAUGUGCAAGCAUCCUCUCCAGGCAUUUGAGUAGACUGUUGUUUUGUUUUUAAGGACUCAAUAAAAGAAUGUUUGUAAUUACUUUA